AUGAGCUGUGUUUUGGAUGUGCAGUUAAAAUCUCAUUCAGCUCAAGAAAUUAUUUGUGAUAAAUGGGCAAGUGAUGUUAAUUCCCACAUUGAAAAUGGAACAAUAGAUCCACAACCCAGAUCUGAUUUCUGUGCUGCUACUAGUGGAAUGGGGUGCCCUUCCAGUGAUUUAAAGGGUUGUGAAUCGGUUAGUGCUCCCGCUCAGGUGGACAUGCAAUCAGCAUGUCAAGUUCUUGGUCCUAUAACCUCAAGUAUUGCUCUUCAACAGUCUGCUGUACCUGUGCUGGUUAAUACUAACAUGCCUGCAAGUCGCCUACCAUCAGUUCCUGAAUCUCGUGUGCUGUUCACUCAAAGCACUCCUGUGAAUCCUUCAGUUCCUCCAUUUACAACCUUUUCCAAGACCAUGCCAACUGUUCAAACACCCAAUCAUUCUGGGCAUGAAGUGACACAUCCUCUCACCAUGGGGCAAGCUACCCAUAUACUGCAAGCAUUAGAUUCUACGAUGAUGAGCCAGCAAGAGCUUAGCCGCAGAACACUGCUCCCUCCUAUAAAGCUUGAGAGAUUUAAUGGGGAUUUAACCAAGUUUGUCCAGUUCCGCAAUACAUUUACAUGGAAUGUAGAAAGCAACACUGAAGAUCCCAAGAGAAGGUUGACUCAUCUUUACAAUCAGCUAGAUGGCCCUCCAAGAAAGCUUAUAGAAGGAUGCCUACACCUGCCUCCAGCUGAGGGAUAUGAAAUGGCAUGGACGAAACUACUGGAGUGGAAGGACAUUGAUGUGAGUGAUGUAGAAGAGUUAGAGGAGUAUGGUUCUUAUCUCUUCAAUGUGCAGUGUGCUCUCAGAGAAAAUAUUAUGAGGAUGGAGCUAAGGGAAGUGAUGACUAAAGUGGUUAGCAAACUACCCAAGUACCUACGAAAUAAAUGGGCAGCUAGGAGAAAAGUUGCUGUAAUCAAUAAGCCUAAAGGACUCACUGUAAGUACAACACAUCCAGUCUGUGAAUCUAACAUUGGGACAGAUGAUUGUCUUUGUUGCAAUAAACGAGGUCAUGCUUUACAUGCCUGUUUCAAGUUUGGCAGAUUAAAUGUACAAGAUCGCUGGAAUACGGCCAUGUCCAAGAGGCUGUGUUUCCGUUGCCUUAAACCCUCUCAUGGCCAUAGAGACUGCAAGGAUAAAAGUAAAUGUGGUCAGUGUGGUGCAGAUUCACAUCACACAAUUCUGCACAGACCUCUGUUCAAAACAUCCUACACUUCAGCACAAAGGACGGUAAAAUUAACACGAGGGAGAGAACUGAGCCGUAGCACCUAUGGAGACAGCCAGAACCAAAAUGAGGUAAGUGGGGGUGGUGUGAAGAACAAGGUUGAGGAUGUACUGCCUUGUGCGUCACUUACCAACUAUAAUCCAGAUGGCAGAAUAAUGAUGAAAAUCCUACCCGUUAAGGUCAACAAUAAAAUUUACACGUACGCCUUCAUAGAUUGUGGUGCUGCAGUUACAUUAGCUGCCAGAAGUUUAAUUAAGAAGCUUGGCAUUAAAGGUAAACACAUAAGCCAAACGAUGCGCACCGAAAAUGGAGACUUCAAGUGUGAUGAACUGGUCUCUCUAUCAAUUGGAAGUGUGGAUGAGGAAGAGGAUCUGAUGUUGGAUGAUGUUUUGUCACUGGGAAGCUCAGUCUUCCUGUGUCGUCACAUUCUCAGUCAACGGCAUGGCCAAGAAAAUGAACCAUCUGCUUACCUCACAAGGUUUGGUUGGGUAGCAUUUGGACCAACAGGACUAAAGAAUUCUAUCCAAAUUCGACAUGUCCACCACAUACAACCCACAGAUAAUUUGAGAGAAUGCCUGCAAGAACACUUUAAUAAGGAUUUUUGGGAGAAGGAGAUUCAUUCCCGCCAUGAAGAUUCUGUUGAAGAUAAAUUGUUUACAGUGAAGGUGUCAGAAUCCAUUCGUCAGGAAUCUGGAAAGUAUAUUCUCAAUCUUCCCUUUAGAAAUAAGUUUCGACUCCCAAACAAUCGCAAGAUGGCCAUACACCGCCUGAUAGGACUAAAGAAGAAACUGGAAAAUGAUGAUGCCUAUCGACAGUCCUAUGUGUCCUCAGUUGAAAAUUACAUCAGCAAAGGAUAUGCUGAGCUUGUGCCAACCACUUUGUUGGACCGAGAUGAUGGCAGAGUAUGGUAUAUGCCACACCAUGCUGUGCACCAUCCCACGAAGCCCAAGCUUAGAGUCGUCUAUGAUCUUAAGGCUAAAUUCCAAGGAAUCUCGCUGAAUGAUCAUCUCCUACAAGGCCCAGACCUAACAAAUGCAUUGAUUGGUGUGAUCCUAAGGUUUCGCCAAGGUCAAUAUGCUGUCACGGCAGACAUAGAAGAAAUGUUUCAUCAGGUGAAAGUUCCCCCAGAAGAUCGAGAUGUACUCCGCUUCCUGUGGUGGCCAGGAGGAGAUACCAGUCGAGCACCUGUAGAGUAUCGUAUGUCUGUCCAUGUUUUUGGAGCCAAGUCAUCACCCAGCUGUGUUAACUUUGCCCUCAGAAGAACAGCAGAAGAGCAUGGUAGUCAGUAUGGCAAUGAAGUGAUUGAGGUAAUUAGAAGAAACUUUUAUGUAGACAAUCUCCUCAUAGCAUCUGAUGACAAGGAAUCUAUGAAACAGUUGGUGAAAGACCUCAUUGAUUUUUGUGCUGCAGGAGGUUGGCGCCUGAAUCAGUGGACAUCUAACAACAAAACAUUCUGGCGACAAUUCCUGAAGCCGAGCGAGACAUUUCAGUUGCAUCUCUGGACUUGA